UCGUUGUCAUAACGACUGCAAAAUUCAACGACGGCAAACAAAAACAAACAGUGAAAUUUGACAAUUGGUAAAUAUAAAAGAAAAGAAAAUGUUUAGAAGCAGCGCACCGAAACGCACCGGCAUCUAUCGUGUGUGCGGGGACAUGUCCGAUUUCCAAAUGGAGCUGCGAUUGCGACACAUUAGCGAAUGGCUGCCAGUGCCGAAAUUUGAAUAUACGGGCGCGAAUGCAAACAGCGGCCCCCAUGUCGACCAUUAUCCGGAGAGUCCGAUGAGCAGCACCUUUGGCGAUUUCUUCAUCUAUGUGCCCCACGACGAUCACAAUGGCAACUAUUGCAACUACUACGACUAUUACAAUCCGAGCAGCGAAUAUCGCAAAGCCUCUUCGCGGAGUUACACAAGUCGCGACAGCUAUGCGAGUCGCAGCAGCAGCAGCAAUGCAUUGAUGGGCAGCACUGCCACUGGAAGUGGCAAUGCGAGUGCAUUAACUGGCAGCACUGAAACACGAAGUGUGCCCAGCUCGGAGCUGGAAACGCAUUUCGAAACGCAGUCAGCGAUCAAUGAGGAUGAUUUCCAUGCCCAAAAUCGCGAGCUGUGCAACGGCGCCACAGCGAAUUUGUGCAUUUCGUGGCAGCAGAAGCACUUCAGUCGGGCCGAGCUGCAGCGCUACAGCGACGCCAGCAAGUGUGUGACGACGCUGCAGCGACGCUAUCAUCGCUGGACGAAGCAGACGAUUGAACUGCAGCUGCGCUACAACGAACAGCUCGCCUAUCAUCAGCAGGCGCACGCUGAGCAGCUGCGGGCGCGCAGUCGACGUCGACGUCGCAGCAGCAGCAAACGCAACUCCGAGGCGGAAGUGGAGGCGGAGGGGGAAGCGGACUCGCCGCUACUCCCCGAUGAUCCGAACUUUGCGGCACGCACUUGCCUCAUACACACUCUGAUCGAUGCGGAUCUGCAGGAGGAGGAGCGGGAGGAGCAGCUGAAGGGCUAUCAGCUGAUGCGGAUCUAUGCGCAGCUGCAGCGCGAUACGUUGCUCUUCAGCUUGCGCUACUCGCCGACAGAGGGCUUGCUAUAUGUGUACCCGGACUUUAACCUGAGUGCGGACGAUAUGGAAUACUCUCUGGAGUUGGACAACGAUUGCCGACAGCUGUUCGCCUACGGCCUGGAGAAUGUGACGCUUCCCCUGCUACAGAAGACCCUGACCCUUAGUCCUUCCCCUCCUCUUCCUGUUCAUCUUCCUCCGCCCUUGGAGCUGCAUUCCCCACCCGCAACUGCCACCGCCAGCGAACUCCUCACGUAUUACGAACAGGAGCGUCAACUGGCCGCCGAGCGUCGACGUCUGCUUCAGUUUGCGGUGCCACCGAAACGCAUGCGACGCGUCUCCCUGCUGUUGCAGCUGCACGAGGCUCAGCACUUCGAGCACCCGAACAUCCAUGUUCGCUACUACGUGAAUCCCCCGAAGCACACGCUCCUCGAGCUCGAGCCCGGAUGCAGCGACGAACCCUUUCCGCUGCGAGGCGCCACGGCGACUUGCCUCGAAGGAGGCGCCGGGAACUUGGCCAGCUUCUCGCAUUGCUGGCAAUUGACGUUGCUCUGCGAGGAGACGUUCGUCGGGGCUGAGGAGGAGCAGCAGCUGCUGCACAUCUACUUCGAGGUGAUCAGCAUCGAUUCCUGGCAACGCGAACGCUGCGAGGGUUACGCCCACUUUGCCUGCUCGCUCCUCGCUCCGCUUCCCGUCGCCGCUACGCACGGGAUUCGGCUGCAGUGCAUCCGUCCCGUGGGCAGCUGGCUGGAUGCCUUCAAUCGCUACUUCAUUGGCGGUCGCAAGCUCUUCGACUUUGUCGGCUACUUCAGUUUCCAUUCCCAAUCCCAGCUUGGUCCUCAGACCCUUCACAGUCGCUUUGAGGCGGACAAAGCUUGUGCCAUGCGCAGCACGGGAAACAUUUUGUUCAGCGUGCGGAAGAUUCAGCAGCGACAACUGCCGCUGGGAUAUCAGCUGGAUGGCGAGGACAGCAACGAUGACGAUGACUUCGACACGGGGAGGAGAAGCAAGGAAGGCGUCUCCUCAACUCUCGACGAAGUGCUCGCUGCCUACGUCGAGGCAAGGGAUCGCAUCGAAGCGCUGCUCGGACACGCAACGAGCUGAGCUUCAAAACUAACUUGAGGUUUUAAAUCUGACUGAGCUUUUAAAUUAAGCUUUGAAGUAGAGACUUUAGCAAUUUAAGUUUAAGCUCGACGCACUCUUAGAAUUUAAGUUAAUUUAAAUUUGUAAUUAUAUUAAAAUUUGGGAAAG